AUGUCGCAAUUAACGCAUCCGGAUCAAAGUCACCCAGCGGUUAACAAGAAAUCGCAGGAAAUUGAGACCUGGGUGCAGGCGUUGGAUCAUUUCGAUAACCAGGAAUACGAUCUCGCCUUGCGAUCUUUUGCUGGCAUAGCCGAUACGUCCAAAAUUCUCUUCAACUGCGGUGUCAUUUACGCAACAUUAGGCGAACAUGAGAAAGCAGUUGAGUGCUACCAGAGCGCUGUGAGCCUGGAUCAAUAUCUCGCCAUUGCCUACUUCCAAGAGGGAGUGUCCAAUUUCCUACUCGGCGACUUUGAGGAGGCAUUGGCUAAUUUCAACGACACUCUGCUCUACUUGCGAGGCAAUACUUACAUCGAUUAUGAGCAGCUCGGGCUGAAAUUUCGAUUAUACUCGUGCGAGGUUCUGUUCAACCGCGGCCUGUGCUAUAUCUACCUGCAGCAAAUCGGCCCCGGCAUGCAAGAUCUAGAGUACGCUUCCAAGGAGAAAGUCACACCGGACCACGAUGUUAUCAAUGACGCUAUCCGGGAACGGGCAGAAGGAUACACUGUGUUUUCAAUACCGGUAGGAGUAGUCUACCGACCGAACGAGGCCAAGGUCAAGAAUCUCAAAACCAAGGACUAUCUCGGCAAAUCACGCGUGGUGGCUGCCAACCGACUGAGCACACCCGUCGAUACGACCCAAAGAAGCAUAGAUGCCGUACCAUUUGCGACAUCACACCUAGUCCAGAAGAACUUGACCAGCCGCAGCCGCCAACAAUCAGAGCCCCCGAUGCACCGAAAUCUAUUCCCACCUACUCCACCUCCAGAUGCAGACAAGGCAAGCCUCAGCUCAAAUGGUAGCAGCGGCACGGCCCGCGCUCCGACUACCAAAACACAGCGCCCACCGAAGCUCGACUUGGAUCGCCCUGGAGCCCAGCCUGCUGGACGAAGCACGACGGAUCUCAAUGCGCCAGAGAAACCACGGAUAGGAACGACCCGCACAGCAUCGGAGCCCCGAGGUCCGGCACGGCAACACCGGGGAUAUGCUCCAGAGAGGCAUGUUUACUCCGGAGACAGCUAUGCGCACCGCAGAGGAGCCAGUGAUACCGGUUUUGGGACGUCAAACGGGUAUUCCGAUGACCCCUACGGGGUGUAUGGAGAAGCCCGAGCAAUGGCGCUAGCGAACGGUGGACGUCCCUUCCAUCAACAAGGGUACAUUGACGAAGAAGAGGAAUAUGGGAGCUCUCCAUGCGACGAGGAAUUAGUGCCAGACGCCGGGUUCGAGAUCAUGGGAGCGCGACCACGAGCACGAUCAUGCAGCCGCGGCCCUCCACGAGGGUUUUCACGCCGGCCGGAGGUGCGCAAGUUUCGAGUCAAGGUACAUUCAUCAGAAGAUACACGGUACAUCAUUAUUCCACCGACGAUUGAAUUUUCAGAGUUUGAGACGCGGAUUCGGGAGAAGUUUGGCUUCCAGAUGGCGUUGAAGAUCAAGAUGCAAGACGAGGGCGAUAUGAUCACGAUGGUGGACCAGGAAGACCUAGACUUGUUGCUCAUGGCAUCGCGAGAAAUCGCGCGACGAGAAGGAAGUGAAAUGGGCAAGAUGGAGAAUUGGUCUUGUAGGGCACGGGGAUCACGGGAUCGACCCGUCCGUUUACUUCCAGCUCAGCACUUCCGCAUCUCCACCGACGUCAACAUCAACAUCACCAUUCGACCUUCGAACGAUGCGCCGAUAGCCAGGCAGGCUUUAACCAACAUGACAGACCUAACGCCGCUAUUCACCGAUCUCCUCCACAAACAGGACAAAUCCCUGUCUCUGCCGCGGCCCCUCACAACUCAAACCGCCGACGAGUUCCUCAAAGAAGCCUACCGCAUCAACACCCACAUCUCCUCGCUCCUCACACACCUCCACAAAAUCCGCCCAUCCUUCCUAAGCAUCUCCACGCACUCCACCAAAUCCAACAAACACCGCAGCUCCCCCUCCACCAUCUCCGCAGCGAAAGAAAAAGACAGCACCCAUCUCUCCCCCGAAGAACUCGACACAAUCACCUCAUCCACCUCGUCCCUCCUCCACACCCUCUCAACCUCAAUCUCAAACCUCUCCUCCGCCGAGUCCCUGCGCCAAGAAACGCACUCCACCCUCCUAGACAAGAAAUACGGACGCAAGCGCUCGCGCGCCUCGAAUCUCCUCUUCCAAUGGGCAUCCGGCUCCGCGCUCACCGAUAGUGAUGCCGCCGACGACGCGGGAAAAAAACCGGAGCAAAUCACCGAAGAGCAAAUCGAGCUCUCGCUCAAGGCCGUCCGCGAAAGCAUCCUCUGGUUUCUUAGGCGCAGGUUAGAGGGGACGAUUGAGAUGCAGCGCGAUAUGGUGGAGAAGCGGAUCGAGCGCGCGAAAGAGCGCGAGAAGAGCGUUUUGUAUAUGAAUGCGACGUCCGCUGGAGCUUCAGCUGGUGCUGGUGCUGCAGCUAGUGCACACGGUCGCGGGGCCUCGGUUUCGGUCUCCGCACCCUCGACGUACCCCGACGCAGCCAUGGAAUCGGCGACGGCCGGUGUCAAGGGGAGCACGCUUGAUGCGGCCGAGGUCGCGGCCAUCGAGGCCGAGCUGUCGCCCGAGCAGCUGCAGCUCUUUGCGGAGGAGAAUGAUUCGAUGGUGCGGUAUUAUGAGGAUACGUUGAGUAAAGUCCAGAACGCCGAAAAAUCCCUCCUGGAGAUCUCAUCGCUUCAGCAAACACUUGUUUCGCACCUCUCCACGCAGGAGGAGUACAUUGGCAUGAUGGUCGCGGACGCCUUGAAUACAGAGACGAAUAUCGGGCAGGGGAAUAAGGAGCUUAAGCGUGCGACUGAGAGGCGGAGCGCGGCGCAGGCCGUGUUCUGGGGGACGGUUGGGCUGUGUACGUGGCUUGUUGUUUGGGACUUGGUCUUUUAG